UAAUUUAUUCAGCAAGAUAUAGAAGGAGAGCAAAAUGCUUUCCCACUUGGUAAAGGAGCAUCCUUAUUACAUAAUUUGUUGCUAUGUUGGUCUCUUGUUGUUGUUCUUAUUAGUAUGUUGGGCACUUUGGUGCAAAAACAAGUCCUCUAUCGGCAUUCCUCCGGGAAAUCGAGGAUUGCCCUUCGUAGGAGAGACACUUCAGUUCAUGGCUGCCAUCAACAGCAGCAAAGGAGUCUAUGAGUUUGUCCAUGCUCGCCGCCUCCGGUAUGGAAAAUGCUUCAAGGCGAAGUUGUUUGGGGAGACGCACGUUUUUAUAUCGAGCAGGGAGUCAGCAAAAGUGAUUGUAAACAAGGAGAACGAGGGAGGGAAAUUCUCAAAGAGCUACAUAAAAUCAAUCGCAGAGCUGCUUGGGCGCGACAGCUUGCUCUGUGCAGCACAACAGCAUCACAAACUCAUACGCGCCCGUCUCUUCAGUUUGUUCUCAACAGAUUCUUUGUCUUCCUUCGUUCAACUCUUUGAUUCACUCGUUCUUCAAGCUACACGUACCUGGACCUGUGGAUCUGUUGUCGUCAUACAAGAUGAAACACUCAAGCUGGCCUGUAAGGCGAUGUGCAAGAUGCUAAUAAGCAUCGAGAGUGGCCAAGAAUUAGUGACGAUGCAUAAUGAGGUUGCUCGUUUGUGUGAAGCAAUGCUAGCAUUACCCGUGAGGUUACCCUGGACCAGAUUCUACAAAGGCCUUCAGGCUCGAAAAAGAAUAAUGAACAUAUUGGAGAAGAAUAUAAGUGAAAGAAGAAGUGGAAUUGCAACUCACCAUGUAGAUUUUCUUCAACAACUUUUAGAUAAUAAAUUAAACGAGGAUGGAGUCCCAGGCCUAACAGACAGAGAGAUCAAAGAUAAUAUCUUAACUAUGAUAAUUGCAGGACAGGACACGAUUGCAAAUGCAAUGACAUGGAUGAUCAAAUUUGUGGAUGAGAAUCGACAAGUUUUUAAUACUCUUAUGAAGGAGCAACUUAAGAUUGAGAAGAAUGGCUCAAGAAAUUCGUAUCUUACACUAGAGGCCCUUAAUGAGAUGCCAUAUGCUUCUAAGGUUGUAAAAGAAGCGUUGAGGAAGGCAUCUGUGGUACAGUGGUUGCCCAGAGUAGCACUCGAGGACUGUGUGAUUGAAGGAUUUAAAAUCAAGAAAGGGUGGAACAUUAACAUCGAUGCUAGAUCGAUACACCAUGAUCCAACUGUGCACAAGGAUCCGGAUGUGUUCAAUCCUUCAAGAUUUCCAGCAGAGUCAAAACCAUACAGCUUCUUAGCUUUUGGGAUGGGAGGAAGGACGUGCCUAGGGAAGAACAUGGCUAAAGCCAUGAUGUUGGUGUUUCUCCACCGCUUCAUCACCAAUUACAAUGCUUAUAUUCAGGUGGAAGGUGAUUGAUUCUGACUCAAGUAUUCAGAAACGAGCGCUUUUUACAAAACUUAAGAGUGGUUAUCCUGUACGUUUGAUAUCUAAGAAGGAUGCCAAAAACAAAACCAUGUGACAAGAUAAAGAUUUACAUUUCCCAGCAAUUGGAAUGAGGGCUUGAAGGUUUUACCCGUAGAUUCAGGGUUGGCUAUUUUUUGUUUUUGUUUUGAGUGGCAAGUAUUUAACUCACAUGUCCUAAGAUAUUGCAAUUACUAGUUAUCUAUUAUAAGCAUAUUUCGCAUGUAUUAAUAUUUUUACCCUGUCAUUGUAAAGACAUUAAGUGGAAAAGUUAAGGUAUUAGUGGUGAUUCGGGUCUAAA